CGAAAGGCUUGCUUGCGAGAGGCCGGCUCGGCUCUGCGGCAAACAUGGGCUCUUUUCUUUGCUUGGAACUGGCCUCGGUAGACGUAGUGCUAUGUAUUACCACAGGGCUCUUUGAUUUGGUGUUCUGGCAUGGUGGAGCGGAUGCAAUUGGAUGCGGCGGAUCAAUAGUUGCAAGCAAUAUACGGUAUGGCAGACGCUGCAUGGCUCAAGCCUGGGCUGUGGCUGGAUGCAACGUACAAUCACCAAUGCCAAUGGCUUUGUAGGACAACUGCCGCGUUAAAAUUACCUAUGGAUAAUGGCAUCUCGCCAGCAGGGUCGCAACGGGCGAUAUUAUGGAG